AUGGCCAUGAGCACAUGUCUGCAAACCCCAUCAUUUAAAACCCCAACGAGCAACACCCUCACCGCCUUCAAAGAUCCAAUCUUUUUUUUUUUUUCUUGUCAGAGAAAUUAAUAAAAAAAAAAAGAUGGGUAACAGUUUAGGCGGCAAGAAAACGACCAAAAUCAUGAAAAUAGACGGCGAGACUUUUAAACUGAAAACUCCGGUGACGGCGGAGGAAGUCCUGAAAGACUUUCCUCCCGGCCACGUUUUAUUAGACUCCGAAUCCGUCAAGCACUACGGUGCCCGAGCAAAGCCACUUGAGGCGAAGCAGAGGUUAGAAGCGAACCGGCUCUACUUUGUGGUGGACGAGCCGGUGAAGGAGUGUCCACCAAGAAGGGUAAGAUCGGGAAUUCAGAUGAGUGCAAAGGAGAGGCUUGAGAACCUCAUGCUUGCUCGGAGAUCGUCCUCCGAUCUAUCCAUACUAAAACCUGCAGGAGGAUGGACGACGGAGGAGAAAGAAGGAGGAGCCGUGAGGGUGAAGCUGAGGAUUCCCAAGGCGGAGCUUCAAAGACUCAUUAAGGAAGGAGCCACCGAGGCAGAGGCCACUCAGAAGAUCGCUGCUCUCUUUAUGGACAAACAGAGGCACGAGGAAGCGCGUCGAAACACGCUCCGACUUGGUGGUCAUGGAGGAGACGAGCUCGCUGCCACCACCGCCAAACCCUCAGCCGCCGCCACGAAAGGAGUCAAAUCCCGUCUGAAACGAGUGAGUUUCAUGGCUGAAAGAGAAGGAGGGAGCGAGAUCACCGUCGCUUGAAGUGGAACCAAAAUAUAUGUGUAUGUGUAUACAUCACUUCCCAACGUUUCUGCAUUUCUUUGUACAUAAAAACGCAGAGAGUUUGAGAGAGAGUUAUUGUGUAUAUUCAUCCAUGUUUCCACUCGCUAUGUAGCCAGAGUUUAGUUUAUUUUCUACAGAAUAAAGAACGGUUAUUUGUAGUCAGAUUCAUCAAUGUCUCUCUUCUCCUUUAUCUCACCU